AGAGGAGGACAGGAGUGGCAUUUGUUAAAGGAAGGAUCAUGCUAAUCAUGCAUCACAGGAGUUUGUUUUCCUUAAAGGUUUUUGUGGUUUCACCUACAAGAAGGGUUAGGGAGAUAUUAGUGUAUAACAGUGAUAAAUACUGCAACUUAAAGCUUAUUUCAGUAGUGAGUCAAGUGACAUCAGAUGAGCAAACUUCAUGGAUUAGCCACAGAGCUGGAAAAAGCUCCCCACAGUGUUAUCCACAUGUGCAGUCUUACCUCCGGACCCUGUGGGCGAAACUUAAUGUGUAAAAUUGGAACAGUUCCUCUUUAAUUCAUUGCCUCACAGGCUUACAUUUUCCAUUAUAUGUGUUCUUGCUUUUUUUCGCGUACAGAACCAUCUCCAUGAUGUAUCUCUUGUGUUGUGUAAGUAGAAAGCCUUAGUUUAACCGGUGCUGUGUUACAACAUCCACGCUGAUGACAAACACCCUUGCCUUACACCACUUCUGACGUCACACUGAGCUUCUGAAGGCAUCAGGGAUCUCCAGCAUGAAACUGAUUCAUGCAUCCACGUCACUGAAGAAUGAGGGCUCUGUCUCAGCUGCUGGAUUUGUGGGAGGGCCAGUUAGCUAAGGGACACAAUUGCUUCCACAUUUCAUUUCAGAGGAACGGACGAGGCCUCUCUUUUUCGUGAUAUUUUAAACAUCCCCACAUAUAGGUGCUUCAGUACUGGACAUCUGCAACAAACUUCACGGUGGUUGAAGCUAAAAGGAAAAUGUGUUUCCUUUCUCAGAGGACCUCAAGAUACAAUGUUUAAAAGCUCUGUUGGGGGCAACUGAGCAUAGGGGACUGACUUGACGACCCUGUCUUCAUUUAAAGAUGUCUGUCACAUCACUUACAGUCAGUUGAUGAGUUAAGUUUUUCUGUAACGUCCCUUUUCCAGCUACUUCAAGACGGGUCAUGAAAGGUAAAGCCCUGUCAAAGACAUCAGCCCUGCAGUGACAGGCGCCAAGAACAACACGCAGUUUAUAUUAUGCCGACAACUGAUAACAGUCUACCCCCCAAAACUUGACUCCCACUGUUUGCUUUUGUUUGACAGCUCAGUAUCAACAUGGCACGAGCUGCCUCCAAAACCACUGUAGAAAUGCCAAACAUGGAUUAUCAUCUGAUAUACUUUUGCUAGCUAAAUGCAUUAUUAGUUACUAGGUAUGUACACAGCAUGAGAGACAAGAAAUGAUCCACAGCAGCUAAACAGAGAUUAGAGAGAAACUCUGAGGCUGCACUGAUUGUAUAGUAUGAAAACAGACCAAACUAUGCCAAGCCAGGUUAGUUUAUUCAUACUAGAGGCCUGUGAGCACACCAGUGGAUGAAAGUGGCUGAACAGUGCCAUCUUGUGCUCUGAGGAGUGCAUGUCACUAGCUACCUUAAACUUUAAAGUGAUAGAAUUACAUAUAAAAGUUAAAAUAAUACUUUCAGUAGAAAACAUAGGAAAACCUUUACUAUCACAAUCUAUCCAAAUCAGAAAAAGCACUGUAAGGCAUCAAUGCUAACUUACAGUGUUAAUUCUAGCUUGUCCACAAAGUCUGAGAUCAUUGCCACUGUUUUGGAUAUAUCAAAAGUAACAUUGUUCCAUAUUCUGCUGAUUUUGCUUGUUGUGUUUUGCUGAAUCUCUCCAAUAUUAUAAGUUGAUUCUAGACCAGAAAUUGUUAAAGCAAUAGCCCAUCAUAUAAUGUUGUCUCAUGCAACAACACUUAGAAAAAAAAAAUGCAGCAUAAAAAAGCAUAAUUAUAACCGGUAUCACAUGCAGAUAUGUAUAUUGAAAAAAAGCUAAAUCUGUGACUUGAAUACUUAAAUAUCUAUUUAAUCGAGACAUUCCAAAAGAUGUUGAUUCAAUAUAUAUUUGUGUGUGUGUGUGUGUGUGUGUGUGUGUGUGUGUGUGUGUGUGUGUGUGUGUGUGUGUGUGUGUGUGUGUGUGUGUGUGUGUGUGUGUGUGUGUGUGUGCAGGAGGGGAGGUGAGGAAUGGGUGAUUCUCUGGUUUAAUGGUUGUAUAAUAAAAGUUUUAUCCGAGACAAAAUACUGUUUUGUUUUUGCUUUUUACAUUAAUGUAUUAUUGGCCCAAUUACGAUGUAAAUACUGAUCUCUUAAGAUGCUAAGUCAAGGUUUGGUGUGUGGUAGUUAUCUUUAAAAGUCAGGAUAAGUAUUAUUAACUCUUUAUGAGACCCAUAAACCAGUGGGUACUAGUUGUAGCGCAGGAACAUCUGUGUUUGCUGUAAAUAUAUACUUUUACAGUGCUUAAUUUUACACAGUUGUCUAUAGAUUUUAUUUAAUAAGCUAAUUACAAAAUAGGCUGUAGCCAGCAUAAUGUUGGAUUUAAAUUAGUAUUAAAGGUAACAAGUUAUCUGGUGUUUUAUCAAAUACAAUCUCUAACAUGACAACAUAAGAUCGGUUUAUUUUGCAUCUUCAUCCAUUAAUUAAAUUAAAAAAAAAUAAAUAGUAAAAAUAUAAUGAAAUAAUAAAGUAAAGUAAAAAAAAAUAGCUAUGUCUUUUUGUAGUUCUCACUGCCAGUAGGUUAUCUCGUGUAGGGAAAAUCUCUACAUCUUUUUUUUUUUUUCCUUGUAAGUAGUGUAGUUUUAAAUUUUACGAGGAGUACUUGAAUGCAACACUGGCCCGAGGACAUUCUCCCAAUGUAUCCACGUUAAAUGCACAGAGCUCUCCCUAGAGGAAUAUCAAGGAACAACAACUGAACUAUUUUCCAUCCGCCUCAACUUCAAUGUACGAGUUUUACCAUCCUCGAUUAUUUCAAGUGUUGAUAUUAUUUUUAUUUUUAUUUUUAUUCAAUGCGCACAAUCUCAACUAAGCCUGAGUAAUCUUUUUGCGCGCUUGUGUUCCCGGUUCUGUGAUUUAUUUUUGUGGAUCUAAUUUUUGUUGUUUUAAAAUUCAUUUGUCCGGCGAUAAUUCUCUAAGACUGCUUGAUUUAUUUAUUGUAAGCACAACCGUACAACAGGGUGUUUUGUCCUCGCGCAUUUAAAUGACAAUCUAGCACUCUGGACAGUUGCAUCAGUUCCUGUGUGUGCGUGUAAAUGGCUGUGCCGUGGCUGCUUCACGCUACUUUUUAUUCCCAGGACGCAGAAUAGUCAUAAAUCCUCCUCUGCUAGGAAAGGCUGUGAUCAUAAUAAAGACGUCACCCUCCUGCUCGGGUAGGCUCAACCAAGCCAAGUGCGAAGCUAUUUGUAAGCUACAACAACAACAUCCUCCAGCACCAUGCUCAUGGAUAACGUAGGGAUUUCUCUGAGAUCCCCUCGCCGUGCGAAGACGAUAUCUGCGUCAGAUCCUUAGUAAAGACAGCCUUUGAUUGCUCCGGAUCUCCUUACUAUUAAAAAACAACACAGACUUGAUCGCGUUGCGGGCUCUUGUCGCAACACAUAGGACGCCAGCCGUGGAUUUGAAGGUAUUUAAUAACUGCGACACUGGAUGUAGAGGCGGUCGUGCACACGCGUCCGCUAGAAUAGCGUGCUGUCAUUGUGGUGCUCACGUCCUGAAAGUAUUCUACCUUUAAAUGGUUACUGUGCAGCUCUGCCUCAGCGGGGCUGCAGCUACAGGACGUACGCACUUCAUAGCUGUGGCUGAAACGUGUGCACGAACCAUAGUGCAGAAAAAUGCACCGCAGCUGCUCACCGAGCCUGGUUUUUUUUCCGUGUUCAUUUUUCAUUCUAUUUGGGCUCGGACGGGGAAGUUAGUGUUAACCAGCAUGAAUAUAAGAGACAGAAAAGCAGUACUACGCACUUUUCUGCUCCCCUUCAAAUAGCUUUUCUUAAGAGGCACGCCCACUCUACAAAAAAGUGGAUGAAUCGCUGUGCUGAAAUAUUCGGAACAUUACUUAUCUGUGCACACAUGGUGAUGGCUUUUGCUCAGUAUCUGCCCAGUUGUUACCUUUGAUUGAAAAACAGCGUGCAGAUCACCCUAAGCAGUUAAAAGCACCAGUGUUGAAGGCAUUUUUAACAUUUAGUGUCAGUUUUGUUUUGCUAACAAGAGGGGGCACUCUUUCAAAUGGCUUUCAAUGAGGGUGAAUAGGGGAAGUUUGAUAUCUGUGAGAGAGGUGUGAGGAGUGAGUAAAGACUUGAUGUCAUCACAGAUUAUAGAGAGAGAGUAAGCAUUUCACACCAAAACUAUUCAUUAUGUAAGUGUAAACAACUGUUAGCUGUAUUAUUGUGGGUUAUGACUGUGUGAUUCACAAAUUUUGUGGAUAGUUUUGGACCCACAGGCACUGGACAAAAAAUACUGAGAUUCUUUCUUAUGGCAUUACAAUGGCCUACAAUUCUGUUUUAACUGAGCUUUUUGUUUUUAUCUGUCUUUUCCAUGUGUUUUAUGACUAUAUGUCAAAGUAAACAUCUAUUUUUAAAAGUGCUAUACAAAUAAAGUUAUUAUUAUUAUUAUUAUUAUUAUUAUUAUUAUUAUUAUUGUUGUUGUUGUUGUUGUUCAAAUUCCUACAUGUAAAUGUGAUCUUUCACAUCCCUUAAUUACCUUUGUAUGUGAUCUUCAGUACAAAAGAAGCCACUCAUGUUUGCAGUUUGGUGACAAUGCUCCACAGCUGGCUGUUUUUUUUUACUAUAGUGUCUUUCUCUUUCCAAAGAGUCAUGGAGGAAACAGCUGCUGCAGUUCCAGCUCCUGGUACCGGUGCUGCCCCAUCAACCCCAAGGCCUCAGCCCUCCUUUGUACCUUCCCGCAGCCUGCUGGAGUGGAGACGGAGGGUCAAGUCCGAGUAUAUGCGCCUUCGCCAAUUAAAACGCCUUAAAAAAGCUGAGGAGGUCAAGGUGGGUCAACUGGAUUAUAUAUUCAUACUUGCAUUUGUGUGGUGUAUGCAUUGUGCAGUGGGGCUUACUCUAAGCGUGCAGGUCUAUAUUUAUAAGACUGUGCAACUUUGUGUCACAGUGUGUGAUACUCUUUGUCCUCUUCUGUUUCUAGACCCUGUUCAUGUCCAACAGGCAAAAGAUCGAGCAGCACACAAACCUCCUGAAUGCAGAGUGGUCCAAGCUUAGGAUUCAGUCCAUCCCUCUGUCCGCUUCUAGUGGAGCUCUGGCCAGCAAGAAGGUGUGUGUGUGUGCGAUGUUUUUGUGCGUAUGUGUGAGUGUCUUUUUGAUGCCCCAAAGAGAGUAAAAUAAUAAUGAUUCCAAAACAUCCCCUUACAUACUACCCUGACUGCACCGUCCAGAUCUACCUUUGUAUUCUUUCCCAGGCUGCUUUGGUUGGACUUGUAACUCAAUCUGUUAUUAUUAUCAUUACACUGAUUUGUUUUAAGAAACUUUUCACCAGCCUCAGUGUUGUGCUCCAGUUCCCACCUGGCUGUCGUGCAUUAUCUCAGGACAAAAGUGUGUGUGUUGUAAAAGGGUUAUGUGGCAGCUAAAAGUCCUCUCUGGCUUCAGGGGAUCUUAUAACACAAACAGCCUGAGGCAAAGUUAUUUCAUGUCUCCUCUCACAUGCUGUUUUGGACCCAUUUAUUGCUUUUUGGGGGGUUUAGUAUUUGAUUAUUUAUAGAACUAUUUGAUAUUGCCAGGGAUCGCUCUGUUGUCUUAUUAGCCCACCUCUGUUUCUCUUACAGAUGUGUUCAGUGGAGUUUGGCUUCCCAGCAUUCAAAGCUCAAGCCAUUGCCAUGAGACCUCUGUCAACCGUGGCAGGAAUCCCCUUUAUGUACUCCUGGUCACCUCUGCAGCAUAACUUCAUGGUAGGAUAUGAACCACAAUUUGCUGUAAGUGAUACAACCGCUGUAUUGUCACAAUGCAGAGCAUUAUUUAACAUGUAUUUCACUCCAAGUACACCUGUGUACUAUUGUUGGAAUUGAUACAGUGAAGAGACGAGGCCUUUACAUUUUUACGUAAUUAGACUUUAAUAGAAUAGUGUAUUAUCGUUGUACAUGCACAGCUAAGGUGAGAGUAUUCCUAUAAGGUGCAAACUAAACACAGUAAUAUAUAAGUUACUAUAAAAUUAAAUUAGGAUUAACUUUAAAAAGAAAGGAAAAACACAACACACCAUACAUUAAACACAGUUACUACAUCCAAAAUGUGACAAUGAGCUAAAGUACUCUAUGUGCUUGUUCAAUUUUUUCUUUCUUUAUGUCUUUUGUGACCUUAGAAGCUAGUGUAGAGAGUCAAAGUAGCACUUUUUCUAAUGGUCUUUAAAGGCAUCUUGCUGAAGUUGAGUCCAUACCUGUCUUGAGUUACUUUUCUCUGUUCUAGGUGGAGGAUGAGACGUUUCUUCAUAACAUCCCAUACAUGGGCGAUGAGGCGCUGGAACAGGAUGAGGCCUUUCUGGAGGAACUUAUUGAUAACUAUGAUGGUGUACAUGGUGACAGAGGUAUGUGUUAGUGCUAUCUAACUCCUACACAACACUCACCUGGAAGCUGUGUUUGGUUAUUUAAUGAACACAAUACGUGUUUUUCCAGAGGGGGGGUUUAUCAGCGAUGAAGUCUUUAAAGAGCUGGUGGAAGCCUUGAGUCAGUAUUCCGACCAUGAGGACGAGGAAGAGGAGGAGGCGACGGCAGCAGCAGCGGAGGUGACAGGAAAGAAAGAGGAAGAAAGGAUGAUGAGGAGGAGCUCAGUGGAGGGCUCAGAGGAGACCAAAUCUGGCAGUGUGGCAUUCAUCAGGAGGAAGAGGAGGAGCACCACUGAGGGUGAGUGAGUCAGCUGCACAUUUGUGUGUUCAGACAUUGUUGUGUGAGAGAACAAGGAACAAGGCCCGUACUGUUCCUCUCAUUACUCUGUACAGCUGCCACAAGGUCGCCCUGCCACAGCAGCUCUGGCGCAGGCAGUGUUUACUUUGAAGCUGCUCCUGCGCCGCUACUGUGGGUGUGUGUGAGGGAACCUGACACUGAUAUUGUCCAGCUCUCAUAACACAACUUGAUGACCUCUUGCACCAGAGAAUAAAUGUUAUCCUCCCAAUAAUUAUAAUGUAGAUGCACACCUGGAUGCAUUCAUAGGUGGUCCAUUAAAAAAAAAAUCACUCUUUGUUUUCUCAUCAUGAUUAAUUGUGAAACUGUUCAUACUGACCUGACCUUGAACAGCAGGAAAACAUUUGGACCAUUGCAAAAUGUUUAAAGGAACAUAUUACAUAAGUGUUAUUUAUUAGUCUGUAUCUGAACCUAGUUUGAGGAUAAAACUGAGGUAUUUGUUUAACCAACUCUGCUCUCUUUGUGUUUUUUUUUCAAAGUGAGGGACUUUUCCAGCAGCAAGAAGGUCCCCAGUGAUAAGAUAUUUACAGCCAUCGCCUCAAUGUUCCCCUACAAAGGCACCACGGAGGAGCUAAAGGAAAAGUAAGAAAAGUGCAGUGAAACUGGGGAUCUAUGAGGACAAUACUGAACAGGCGGUUGCUUAGUGUUCACCAUGGCGACGCAAUGUAAUAAUGGUGGCUCCCUCUCAGGCUGUCUGAGUCAAAGGAGCAGUUUCUGAAAGAGCUUUAUUCAGAGAUAAACAUGUCAACUUGAGCGGCUCGGGAUGAACGUGCUAAUAUUGAGGUAAACAGGUGAUGAACGACCACUGACAGUCGCUGUCGCCCUCAUAGGUACAAGGACCUCUUGGAGCCUCCGAGCCAGGUGAAGCUGCCCCCUCUCUGUACCCCCAACCUGGAUGGACCUUUUGCAAAGUCUGUGCAGCGGGAGCAGUCCUUGCAUUCAUUCCACACCCUGUUCUGCAGACGAUGCUUCAAAUACGACUGUUUUCUCCACCGUAAUAGACUGAUUUGUGUAUUAAUGUCAUAAUUACUUCUAAUUAUCAUAGAAGGUUCCGUUUUUUUGCUUUCCUGCAAAACUUGCCAUCACUUACUGAUUGUGAAAGAGUCAUUUACUUGAAAUCAAUAUGCGUCUGUUUGCUUGCAUGAAGCUUUCCAUGCUACACCCAAUGUUUACAAGAGGAAGAGUAAGGAGAUCCGCAUAGAGACAGACCCCUGCGGUGUGGACUGCUUCAUGUUGCAGGUAUUUUACGCUUACAUAUGCUUCACCUGCUGUAGGACACACUUUAUCUUGUCAAUUUCACGUUUUUUAUUCCUCUAUGCCGCUCUCCUUUAAAGAAAGGGGCUAAAGAGUUCGUGGAUCAGAACAUGUUACGAUCGCAGAGGUCUCGCAGGCGCAGAAAGCAGCAGCGUCCCACCAGCUCUACCUGUCCAGGACCUUCGGGGUCUGCUGAGGAAGGCAAAGAGGGAGACAGUGACCAUGAAACGACCUCCUCUUCAGGUUGGACUUUGCUAUUAAGAGAAAUCUGGUUUUGAGUUGCUCCAGAAACCACCAGGUGCAGGAGGACCAGCUUUGAUUCUCUUCGCAAUUUCUACAUUUACUUAACGCUCCACCUUGCCAAGAGUUCUAGUGAAGGGCUUUUAUUCUGGUAAUGACUUUCUGCUUUGAAGCUUAAAGACACAGUUAUUCUCUGAGUCACUGCAUGACUAAGUGGAUGCAUCAUUUACCAUAACCUCCCGUAAAUCCCUCCCUUUUUCGACUUUAUGACUGGUCGUCUACCCGGACAGAGUCGAGUCCUUUAAGAAAGCGAAAUUUGGCUUAAGAUGAGAGCUUUUAAGUCAUUUCCUGCUCUCUCUCCCCCCACUCCUCCUCUUCCAUCUUCUCUCAAUAUCAGCGCUCACUUGCCAAGUAAAAUAAACCAGCCAUUAGGUUUGCAUGCUUCAGCCCCAACAUAAACACUUUGUUCCUUCGCCCCCUCCUUCUGCCGUGGUUUCUCUUUCUUUUUUCAUCUCUGUCAAUAUCUUCAUGUGGAGAGCAGCAGGAGGGAAAUAAGAGCAAUCUCUUUUGGCUCUGGCUUGUCCUGUCCUCCCCCACAAGCUCUCAGGAUGUUGUUCCUAGCCAUCAAUGCAUCGCUGGAAGUCUUUGCUAGUUUUACAAACUGUUUGAGCUCAGCCUGUGACUCAGCAGAGUCUCUCACACGUGUUGCGAUAAUGUGGAAAAAACAGAUUGUUAAGCAGAUUAAUAGAGAUACUCAGUGCUGGAGCAUGUGGCCACAGCAAUGCUGCAUUCAGCCUGUUGCCAAGCAACAUUCAGUUCUCAGCCUCAAGCUGUGGGUGUAAGAGCAUCAGUCCUGAAUAUCCAAAAAGCUAAAUCAAAGCCCAUGGUCCCCCGUGUGUGUGAGAGAGUGAGUGUGUAAUGCAAAUAGCCUGAAAUGGUAUCCAGAAAUAGAAGUGUGUGUGGUUGUAGGGUGACUGAAUUAGCACACCUUCUGUAUGUGCAGCUUCAAGUCUGUCACAGUCCUUGUGUUUUUACCAAAGCAUUUGUAUGUAUAGCUGUUUGAUUCUACGACUAAAGCGAUGAAACGUCCUGCCAAGAGUAAUAGUCACUGUGUGUAUUUGUGUGUGGAAACAGAGGGCAAUUCUCGCUGUCCGACACCCACCAAGCAGCAUCCAGGGGAUGAUGACGAGAAAGAGGAGGCGUGCUGUGUGGUUGAGUGGAGCGGGGCAGAGGAGUCUCUGUUCAGGGUGCUACACGGCACCUACUUUAACAACUUCUGCUCCAUCGCUCGCCUCAUCGGUACAAAGAACUGUAAGGAGGUGAGAUGUUCACACACACACACACACACACACACACGCACACACACACACACACACACGCAGUAUUCUUCCCUGUCAAACCCUGCUGGCUAAUAUGCGGUUAUGCUACCAUAGUUAUAAUGACAACUGGGCCAAGCAGUCUUUUUUUUUUCAACUCUUUAUUUUUGCAUGGUCUCCUACUGACCAUGUUGUUGUUUCCACAAACCUCUGACAUGAAGCAAAUAUCAUGGGGUACCCAAUAUUUAUCUCAUCCUUAAACCUCCUCCCUCCAUCCACCAACAGAUGUCACCUCUGAGGCCAUAGCAUGCCUCACAUAUACAGCCCUUUUUAAAAUAAACAGUAUUAUUUGACAAGACCUGAAGCAGGUUCUCCUAAAUUGGCAAAUGCUAUAGCCGUGAAAACUCUCAGUAACACUUUACUUGACGCCUACCUCUAUAAUGCAUUAUAAAUAUAUGUAUAAUGCAUCAUAAUCACAUUAUAGCACUGUAUAACUAUAGUUAUUAAUGAUCAUAAUGCUUUAUAGCAAUGAUCAUAACACAUUAUUAAGCAUUUUAUCAUGACUUACAAUGUCAGGUAUUAUAAAGUGUUAUAAUUAUUGUUAUAAAGCAUUAUGAUCACUAAUGAGAGUUUGUAAUGAUAGUAAUACAAGUUUAUAAGCAAAUUAUAACACAUCGUAAAUAUAUGUAGAAUGAAUUAUAAUCACAUUAUAGCACUGUAUAACUAUAGUUAUAAACACUCAUAAAUGAUCAUAAUGCUUUAUAGCAAUAAUCAUAACACAUUAAAAAGCAUUUUAUUAUGAAAUACAAGGUCAGGUAUUAUAACGUGUUAUAACCGUUAACAACAGUUGUAUUUCAUUAUCUAUUUGGGCAUUGUCAGUGAGUUGUUAACAGUUAUAACACUUUAUAAUACCUGACCUUGUAAGCCAUGAUAAAAUGCUUUAUAAUGUGUUGUGACUAUUGCUAUAAAGCAUUAUGAUCAUUUAUGAGUGUUUAUAACUAUAGCUAUACAGUGCUAUUACAUGUUUAUAAUGCAUUAUAAUGCAUUAUAGAGAUAGGUGUCAAAUAAAGUGUUACCAAACUCACAACACUAUUGGAAAGGGAUGGUGACAGAAAAAAACAUGAAGGAUUAUGGGAAAUGAGGUUUUAGUCACAGAGAACUGGCAGCUGAGGCACAAGGAAAACAGUCAUGAGUUGUUAAGUGUUCCAUCUUAAUUAGCUCUGACUAAUACUUUUCGAAAACUGGUGGUGUUUUGAAAUGAAUCAGACAAAACCUUUGUAUUACUUUGUGGGAACUGGAUUUACGUCAGUGUGAGUGUAAAAACACAUGCAUCCUGUGUCUGCGGUUUUAUGGCGUGGAUAAUGGGGCUGAAUACAGAGAGAAUAGCAUGUGGCACCAUAAACAGGGAUGCUCACCAGAUGUGACGUCUCUCAUAUUCUGUAAUGAUUCAGUCGUUCGGCCCUUGACGUUCUCUUCAUUAUGUCGACUGACUGUAAUGCGAGAAAGAGAGUGGAGAAGAAUAAAUACAACAACUUUUAGAUGCGUUGUUAAACUUUUAAGCAUUAUAACGUGCAGUAACGAAACAGAUUAAGAAGUUAUGGCAUGUUUUAGACAUGAGGAAGCAAAAUCGCAGGUUUAAAUCCAACCCUUAUCGUGCCUCUUGUCCCCUCAGCCAAAGCAGUCCAGAUACUGUACUGGAGUGUCCGUUCUGGCUCUGCUGGCAUCCAGAGGGCCCCGCCCACUGCUUAACUGAGUGGAAAUGCUGAAACCAGCUGCAUCGUUUUGUGUGUCUGCGUCCCAGGGAGGAGGCCAAAUCUGGGUUUUGCAUGCCAGAAGUGACUGAGUGUGUGAGUGUGUGUGCUUGUGCACAUGCAUGUGUAUGUUUCACCUCUGCAGUACAGUUUUGAAAGCAGAGGAGGGAGGGGUAGGCAGGAUGUUCUGUGGCGUAAUCACUGCGAUGUGCUUUUCAGCUUGAGUGGCGGUACAUUACACAACAUAAUUAGGAAGAAGGGAACAGAAAAACUCCUUAAAGUGUGUGUGCGAUUUAAAAGCAGGAUGUGCCGUUGUUGAUCGUGUAAUUUUGUAUUUCCUGCAGGUGUACGAGUUUGCGGUGAAGGAGGUCCUGAUCCAUCGCGUUCCUUUGGUCGAUGGAGGCAUCUCGCCCCAGAAGAAGAAGAGGAAGCACAGGCAUGAUAUCAUCAGUUAUUCUGUCUUUUUUCUGUCUGUGCUUUUGCUAGAAACAUAAAAAUACCAUUGUGUUUUGAAGCAGGAGGCUUGUUAAAACUUCCUUAAAUAGAUACAAGUUAAAACGAAUAAAUCAGGUCAUGUAGAUAAACCAGAAUUCUGCACCGCUGCAGUGUUUGAACAUCCUAAAAGAUUUAUCUUGCUUGAUAAUCGAAGAAUAGAGCAUAAAUAGUUUAAGCGUAGAAUGAUUUUAGGAGUUACUAACCAUUUUUAAUCAAAACCCUAUUAUUGUGUUUGUUUGACAUGUUAGGUUAUGGGCAAAGAUUCAACUAAAGAAAGGUAUGUUCACCACAAAAUGAUGAUUUUUUUUUCAUUCAUAUUACUACACUCUGCCCUUUGAAAUACAACACAGCUUAAUGUGCCACUCAGAGGGCUUUGUCCUCUGUUGCUCCAGAUAACUCGUCCAAUCAGGUUUACAACUACCAGCCAUGUGAUCACCCCGAUCAUCCGUGUGACAGCUCCUGCCCGUGUGUGAUGACCCAGAAUUUCUGUGAAAAGUUCUGCCAGUGUGAAAACGAAUGUGAGUGUCACCCUUUUUGUUCACCUGUUCCUGCUCUCUUAUUUUCACACUAACAUAAAGACAUAUGAAACUUCCUGCUCCGCCUGGAGCUGAAAGAAGAUUAAUAAAAACUGUCUUCUAAAAGCAUUCACAGCUCUUUCUGCCAGACUAGAAUAGAUCAGGACUGCAGGAUGUAAAUUGAUUCUGCAGUAUCCUGGCUGCGGUCAGAGGAGAAAGUGUCCUCUAGUGGAAAAAGGUAGGUGUCUGUUUAAUACAGAGCUGUGAUCACAAUGAGGCAUUGCUGCAGCAGCAAUGACCCAGAAGUGUGAUUUCUGAGAUGGCCACACGGUGGAGGAAGGGAUUUGUCAUUUGCACUCUGGAGAAUUAACUACAAAGCGGAGGGAUGAGACGGAGCUAACAGCUUUUUAAGGUCGACGAAGAGGUUUUUCUUUCAUUUGUUCGUCUGCUGUUGUCCAGUCGCUUCCUGUCUCACUACCUCGCCUUUUCCCGUAGUCGAGUAGAGCCAGGGCCAAACAGGAAGCCGCCUCCAGUUGCACAUGUGUGCUCACUAAAGAGUUGGAGGGAUAUCAAAGGGACACGACAGGCUCUGUGCCUGAUAUCCAGCAUCAACUGCAACAUCAGUAUGAGUCAGACAUCCUCAGCUAAACAAAGCUGAUGAUGAUACAGACACAUUAAAACCCACACAGACUGAGAAGGGCAUGGCAGAGGAGAGAGAAUUUCUGCCUGCAGCUCUUGUUAUGGAUAGUUUCCCCCCAAGCUGAGGCUGGAUGAAAGAUAUGUCAGUAAAUCUUGCUUGAUCCUUCUAUUCAUCGGCCCAAAGGGUGUUAUGUUACACCCUGCAAAAUGGUAUUUCAGCAUAUCUGCCAGCAGGGGUCCCUGACUGAUGAGCCUUGAAGCAUUGCUGUCUGCGGAACAGCAUUUAGAGCUGGAAUUAUUAAUCAUUCUUGUGUCCUGCAAGGUCACAUAGUGUUUAAUAUCUCUCUGUGUGACUUUAAUCAUUAACAAACAUAGUGAAUCCUCACUCAUCUGUGUGUUUCAAUGCUCUUCAGGCCAGAAUCGCUUCCCAGGAUGCAGGUGUAAGACACAGUGCAACACCAAACAGUGUCCCUGCUACCUGGCCGUGAGGGAGUGUGACCCAGAUCUGUGCAUGACCUGUGGUGCUGCGGACCACUGGGACAGCAAAGGGGUCUCCUGCAAGAACUGCAGCAUCCAGAGAGGCCUGAAAAAGGUAACCAGAAACAGCAGGAGAAGAUUCGUUUCAUGUUUGUUUAUUCAUUUAUUUUUAAUUUCAUUUUUUAUUUAUUUUUAAUUUUUAUAUAUAUAUAUUUUUUUAACUUUUUUUAUUUAAUUUUUUUUAUUUAUUUAUAUAUAUAUAUUUUUAAUAUGUGCGUGCAACACGAGAAAGUAAACUGAAAACAAACAAAACCAAUGAGAAUAUUCAUAUAUGUUCAAAACAGAUUUCCUUUGCUUUAAAGAUUGCAGCAGGAAGAGUUUUCUGACACCUACAUUUCACUCCUCACAGCACCUGCUUUUGGCUCCAUCAGAUGUUGCAGGAUGGGGAACCUUCAUCAAAGAGCCAGUUCAAAAGAAUGAGUUUAUCUCUGAAUACUGCGGGGAGGCAAGUCUGAGCAGUUUAGACAAAUGCAUUUCAAAUUUGCAUCCAGGUUUGUUCUUAUUCUGUGUUUUUUUUAAUUCCUGUGUGUGUAUAAGCAGCUAAUCUCCCAGGACGAGGCAGACCGACGAGGGAGAAUCUACGACAAAUACAUGUCCAGCUUCCUCUUCAACCUGAACAAUGGCAAGUAUUCCCCACUUUCCCUCUGGUCACAGACAGUACUAAUACAGGGUGUCAAGUAAUCCUUCAUAUGCUCUGUCUCUCAGUAGACUUUGUUGUAGAUGCCACACGCAAGGGGAACAAAAUCCGCUUUGCAAACCAUUCAGUCAAUCCCAACUGCUACGCUAAAGGUGAGUCACUUUGGUUUGUCUAUGAAGUGGAAAAGAGAAUGGAGAGGUUUUUCUGUGGGAUGAAAGCUUUGUUUGGCUGAUGUUGUGUUUGCUGUCACUGCAGUGGUGAUGGUGAAUGGAGACCAUCGCAUUGGGAUCUUUGCCAAACGAGCGAUUAUGCAGGGAGAGGAGCUCUUCUUUGACUACAGGUAGUUGCAGGUUUUUUUAAGGAACCUCCACCAGCCUCAGAAUUAGGGCUGGACGAUAAAAUGAUAAUGAUAUACAUCAAAAAUUUAUUUCCUUCGAUAUUGAUAUAAAAAAUGGUCAGUAUGCUUUUUGAUAGUGUGCACUCUGCCAUGUUUUGGUAGACUAUACGAAUGGCCAAUAAAAAUGGGAGUUGCUUCGGGUCCGCUUUGCGCUGAACCAAUCACGUGCUGAAUUAGAACCAAGUAGCAAACAACUGCGCAGUAGCAGGCUGCAGCUACACGCAACAAUAGUACUCUAACACCUGAAGCUAACAGCACUGUCGGUGAGAAAAAAAGAAAAUGAGUGCUACCCCCGGCAGAUGAUGACAUCGUCCACAACACUGGCACAAAAACGUCGGUGGUGUGGAGGUGUUUUGUUAUUUCAAGGUUGGAUAUAAAGUAGAGUAAUGUUCACUGCAAAUUAUGUUGAGUAUAUGUUCCCGCAAAGUCGGGGAAUACCUCAACUCUUUUUCACCACCUGAAGCAGUGCCACGCAGCAGAGCACACGCAAUGCAAGAGGUUACAAACCCCGAGCGGAGCAAGUGUGAAGCAGCCCAUGGCGACUGUGCAGCCGAAACAGCUGACCAUUCAGUCCACUUUCUCUCGCGCAACACCUUAUGACAAAACGUUGAAGAGGCCUCAUAGAUGCAGGGAACAGGGAACAUUUAAGAUUGACAAGUUUAUAUCGUGAUAUAUAUCGAUAUCGACUGAUAUGAAAAAAAAUAUUUAUGUCACAGUCAACUUUUUCCCAUAUUGCCCAGCCCUACUCAGAAUGAAAAAGAGCAACAUCUCUGUGUGUUUUGAUCUCUCUGAAGAUGCUGCUCUGAGCUCACACUCAUUCCUUUAUCUUCCACAGAUACAGCCAAGCCGACGCCCUCAAAUACGUGGGGAUAGAGAGGGAGGUAGAGAUGUCUUAGCUACCUGCUGCUGUCUUGGUAACCUGUCCCGAAGUCCUCAGCCACCCACUCAUGCUUCUGCCCCCUUUGUGCAGCGUCACAUCCAGCUGACGAAACUCCAUGAGCAGACUCCACCCUCUCUGCUGCACUUCCAAAAAUAGAAGGUCCCUGCUGUUUGCAGGUGCUCCCGCUUUGCAGACACAGAGUCAGCCGGCUGCUUUCCCCCUCAUUUGCCCGAAACCCACCCAUCCACCCACCUGCAGGACUAUAUACGGCAAGCUUAUAAAACUAAUCUAUUUAAAGUGGAAAUACUAUUAAUCCGUGUUGCUUACUGCACCAAGAGGAUCAUCUUUGUUUUUCUUUUUUGUUUAAUCUUGUCAAAGCAAAAAAGCCACAGUUACCCAUCAUUCUGUGCUACUCUCCGUUUUGUUACUGUACUUAAAGACCAGCUUUUGUUUUACCUAUCUAUAUGUAAUGCAAGCUUCUCCGGCGUACCUAAUGAUGAUCAGUGAAAUGCAUGUGCUGUCUCUUGGAUAAACGAACCAUUAAACCCGUCAGCUUUGGCAUUAGCUUCAGUCAGAUGCUGCUCUGUGCAAGUGGCGAAAUUCAAUUUUUGUGCAUUUAUAAUUCAUUGUUCUGCAAAAAUAGGCAACCAGACGAGAACCGACUGACUGAAUGUAACAUGUGGAUGACGGUGAAGAGAUCUCAUCCUUUUAUCAUUUUACACAUUAUUAAUAACCCAUUGGUACUCUAAGCAACAUACAUGCACAUGAAAAAUUGAUCAUCACGUUUACAUGAUCUUGUGAUCUUCACAUUUUUGGUGAGACUUAUAGUUAAUAAGCUAACUAGUCACAUAGUAAAUGUCUUCCUUUAAACUGAUACAAGUGCCAAAUGAUCCCACACAGAAAGAGGCUGAAACAGUGUGGAUGUGCUGCAAAAAUUAACAGAAGCAAGUCAAAGGUUAUGACCAUUUUAAAGAAGCAAAAUGAUCAGUAUUUGACCAAAUAUUCAAGUCCCCCACAUGUGAAUGUAAAAUACCAUUUAUCAUUUUUCUUCAUUUGAUUAACUGUCCUGGUUUGUUCUUCUGCCUUUCAUUUAUAAGACAUUAAAGCCCACUUUGACAUGAGAUCUAUCUCGAUCAAGAUGAACAAAAUGGAGUUUACUGCUAUGUACAGUGUAUGCCUAUGAAAAUAAAAGUUUAACUUUAUACAGUAAAACAAAUGUGUGUCUUGGCUGUC